AUGUCCACCCAACGAUCCCGCCAGACUCACCUCCUCUGCAGCCACCGUCAGGGAGAUGACAAUAUCAUGAACUAUGUCGACCGCUUCCUAAAGGCUGCAGAGGAGGCAGUUUAUCGAGAAGGUGGUUUUUGGGGAGGCGGAACUCGCGGUCCUUUUCAACGGUGGCCUCAGGGACCCUCUGUCCGGGCGGAGAUGAGGAUGCUGAGACCACUGGACUUCGAGUGCACGGUGAGAUAUGCCAUGAACGCCCGGAGUCCAGGGUCUCAGCCCACCCUACCCAUCUCCCUCCGCGAUCCCGGAGGGUGCGUCAUGGAGAUCGGGGUCAUCGCAAGUGUGUCUUCGCCAGACAGAAAGAUCGUCCUUCUCGGUAAAACCGGAGAUGGCAAAAGUAGCACUGGAAAUACAAUCCUUAGAAAAAAUAUUUUCACACCUGCUGCUUCACCAAAUUCCAUAACAGAUAGAUCUGAAAGAGGAGAGAGGAAAGUUUUUGGACAAAAGGUCACCGUUAUUGACACCCCUGGAGUUUUUGACACAAGCGUUGAUAAUGAGACCAUCAGAUCUGAGAUCAUUAGAUCCAUUAUUAGCUGCUCUGCAGGUGUUGAUGCCUUUGUCAUUGUUCUAAAGGCUGACAGAUACACAAGGCAAGACAUGGAGAUGGUGGAUUUAAUUGGUCAGAAUUAUGGAGAGGAAAUCUUUAGACAUGCAGUGGUUUUAUUUACUCAUGGUGAAAAACUAGAGGGUCAAACCAUUGAGGAAUUCGUACAGAAAAGUGCAGCACUACAGGCGCUUGUCAAUAGAUGUGGAGGUCGCUGUCACAUCAUCGACAAUAAAUACUGGAGAAAAUGUCUCCACUGCCCCUGUAGUUGUGGCUACAAAAGCAACAGAGCUCAGGUGAAAAAUCUACUGGAUACCAUAAAUAACAUGGUGCGGAAGAAUCGCUGCUACACCAAUGAGCUGCUUCGAAGGGUGGAGAGGAUGAUCCAAGAGGAGAUGUUGAGGUCUAGAAAGAGGUCUGUUGAGGUCUGCUCUUUCUCUUCUCAGCAGGGAGAAAGAGCAGAAAGGAGUGUUUAUAAUCGUCAUCUGAUGGGUUUUGCAGGUGCAACAUCAGGAGCUCUGACUGGUGCUUUAAUGGGCACUGGUUUUUGUGUUGCUAUCGCUCUCAGUUGCAUUUCAGAACUGGCAGGGAGCGGAACUGGAGCAGCUGUGCUAAACACAGGGGAGCAGCACUUGCCGGAGCAGCUGCAGGAACAGUUACAGGAUGGGACGCAGCAGCAGAAGCUGAUUCUGUGUCUGAGGCAAUGUGGAUGGGAGCAGCAACAACCUAUGAGAAUGGGAGAGUUGUAA